GUAGCAACAAGCAACCUCAAGAUUUUCGACGGCGUGCUCAUUCCUCAAGCAAAAUGGGCUCAACUAGAUUGUACAGCAAAGGCCGCGUCUUGGGCCACAAGCGCGCCAAACGCAACACACGACCGAACACUUCGCUGAUACAAAUAGAGGGUGUCGCCACCAAGGAGGAUGCUCAGUUUUACCUCGGCAAGCGUGUUGCCUUCGUUUACAAGGCGAAGCGGGAGAUUCAGGGCUCGAAAGUUCGUGUAAUCUGGGGCCGCGUAACCAGACCACACGGAUCCUCAGGCGUUGUAAAAUCAAAAUUCCGUUCGAAUCUCCCUCCCCGUGCAUUUGGUGCCAGUGUCCGGGUGAUGCUCUACCCCUCGACGAUCUAAUCACUUCUGUACGACAUGUCCAUUUCUUUCACUUCAUACCGUAUGUUGCUAUGAGACACAUGUGUUGUGAAUAUGCAUCAAACCAAAGCC